AUGCCGCGGAAAGGGAUGGUUGAGUUUUAUACAGCCAUUUCAAAUGCCGCUCGUAAAUCCACUGGAGGCAAAGCCCCCAGGAAGCAGCUGGCCACCAAGGCUGCUAGUAAGGGCGUCCUGGCCACCGGCGGCGUGAAGAAGCUUCACCGUUACCGGCCCGGUACCGUGGCUCUGAGAGAGAUCCGUCGCUACCAGAAAUCUACAGAGCUGCUGAUCCGCAAGCUGCCCAUCCAGCACCUGGUGAGAGAAAUCGCUCAGGAUUUCAAGACCAACCUGCGCUUCCAGAGCUCUGGUGUCAUGGCUGUGCAGGAGGCCAGCGAGGCUUACCUGGUCAGCCUGUUCAAGGACACCAACCUGUGCGCCAUCCACACCAAGAGGGUUAUCAUCAUGCCCAAGGACAUCAAGCUGGCCCGCCGCAUCCCCGUGGAGAGUUACUCAGAUUAG